AUGUCUACUUUGUCAGCCGCCCCAUCGACCGUUCCAGAUCAGCCAAUAUCACUGCAAACGGUCCACGGAACUGCGGCAGUGGAAGCUCAUCAUCAAGAAGAUAAUAGUAAAGGUACCACUGAUGGAGCGCCCACGGAGGAGUAUGACCCGUGGGAACCUCCCCAUCCUCCUCCUCGCCCCUCAUUAGCUGACUUGACGUGUCCUGCUCAACAUAUGAGGGAGGUAAAAAUUCUUAUUUUACAGUACAUGCUUCAACUGCAGCGUUUCCUUGCUGACGCCAGAGCUACCAAUAUAAUUUCCCCCGACCGCACUCCCAGGGAAACGCUCGUGAAAUAUUAUGGCAAACACGAUCGUUUGUCGGCCGUCCUCCGAAAGGAUAGUGUUCCACGCUUCCUCCGCAUCUUCGAGAAUUACAGGGAGAGCUUCGUUUCUGAUUUUGUCAUCAUUCCACAAACCCUUGACUUAAUUAUUCUACAUAAUGCCCUGCGUUGUGCUAAUCUUGUUUUGGAGGGGAAGUCGCCUAAGCUCUGCGAGAUACGUGCCAACCCCAACUACAUGACCAGCUUUGGGUACUCCCCCCUCCACCAAGCUGCAGAGUCAUUCUCUGCCGAAAUGGUUGAGUUACUGUUCCGCUAUGGUGCUUCGGCCAAUCAGCGCACCUCGGGUAAUAAAAUCAUCCAGGGCCUCCUCCCACUCCAUGUUGCCAUCGAGAACACUUGCCAGCAUAAGUAUCUAGAGGACAACCUAUUAGUUGACGAGGAUUAUCGGAAGGGGAAUGUUGAGUACAUCUACAAGCUCAUAUAUCUGCUUUGCCUGCCUGAGAUGAAGAUCUUCUUGGACACCACUAGAUCGCUUGCAGCUCACACUGAUAAUGUAGUCGAUGAGCUCUGGAAUUACAUCAAGCAGGGGAAGCUUGUCCCUACUGCUAUUUUGCUCCUUGCAGCUCAAAAUCAUUGUCGUAACCUCAAUGUGUUUGACAUAAUCAAGGCUCGUAUUGAGGAUUCUAUGUGUGGAUUAGGAAGUAGUAAAAAUGCCAAGGAGAAAAAGGAGCUGAAGGAGAUGAAAGUACAUCUUAUUAAUGCAUUGGUUCUUGUUAGGAUAAUUCACAAAACUGGUGAAGCUCUUGAGGCAUAUAUUCAAACUCACUCAGAGGCAUCUCAUGAGGAAGUCCUUGGAAAAGUUUCAGCAGUUCUCCAGAAUUAUAGCGGAAAAGAAAUCUGCAUCGAAGACCUUGACUGCUCCCCCUAUGACUGUGGAGGGCCGGACGGGGACACAUAUUUGACCAAGGCAGCCAUUGGAUCACCUACUCUAGAAGUCAAGAAUAAAAGAGCCGCGGCAAAGAAACCACGAGUUAGUCACCUGUAUGCAAGAGAUCGGUUUUUCCCGGUAUGGAGGUCAGUGUUAACAGCAAGGUUUAUUACGAGUAUCUUUCCUGCCUAUACACCGAAGAAAGAGUUACCAUUAUAUAUUUUUGAUGCCGGUAUCGUCUCCGAGAAGUUGAGAGCUGAAAGGCACUCUCAUAUUCUUCUUGGCACGUUGGAGAGGAAUUAUCCGAGAGUAGCAAGUAAGCCGGCGCCCACAAGUAAGUACCGAUCCAGAAGGUUGUUUGGCACUGCUGCGUCGACUGUCCUGAAGAUGCUUAAGCGCGUAUGA